CUCCAGAAUCUUUCACAAUUAUCAAGUCCAUAAUCAUGGUGAAAAUCAACCCUUGCUUUUUUGUAUUUCUCGUCUUCGUGACAACGCCUCUCGUCUUUUCCUGUGACCAUAUGGGUCUCGGCCAAAUACCUGUUGGCCGUUUUCUCAACAGCGUUGAAGACGUUCAAACCUGGGAAGCAUGUUGUGACUCGUGCACGGAUAACAUCGAUUGUACUGCGUUCUUGUUCUAUGAUAAUGAUACUUGCAACCAUUGGGAACAUACUGGAUGGUUUAAUGCGAAUGAGUAUUUCUUUCACCCGGGCGAGGCAAAGGAGGCUGUGACCACAACCACGCCGACAACAAUAGAACCCACGGAUGAAACUACGGAGGAUGUCAUGGAACAAACGUCGGAUGAAACGACGCCACAAACAAGCACGCAAACAACGUCAUUAACAAGUUCGCCUACGACGCCACUAACAAGUGCUCCUACGACGCCACAAACUACGACGACUAUUACGACUACUCCAUCCACUACGACCACUGUAUUGACCUCGACCAGCUCGAGUAACCCAUGUCAAGGUGAAGCAGACUAUACCUAUGUCCCGCAUCCAUACGACUGCUCCAAAUAUUUAAUCUGCGUGGGAAACGAGGGGAUAGAACGUGAUUGUGCUGAUUCCCUGCAUUUUGAUUCAAUCACGCUAACUUGCACUUUCCCAGAGUUGGCGACCUGCCUCGUAACAUCGACCACGACAGCAGAGACGACAACGAUGGUAAUCAGCAGCAGUACUGGUGGUAGCGUUGUGGAAUGUCCGGCGGAAGGUGUUUGGAAUAUACCACAUGAAACUGACUGUAGGAAAUAUUAUGUAUGCGUUAAUGGGACCCCAUACGAACAAAACUGUGCAGAAGGAUUACUGUUUGAUGUAAUUUCUAGCACGUGUACUUUUCCGUCAAUUGCAAAAUGUAACGACGUGUAGGACAGAUUCAACCAUCAGUCUGUAAAAAUGCGGUGUUAAAUUUAGAAAAGUUAUUUAUCAAGUUAAGUAAGUCUAUUAAUUUCACUCAAAUUUGGGUCAAACCUAC